GAGCGCCGAGCCGCCAUGCCCGCCGCCCCGCUCGGCCCCGCGCCGCCUGCCCGCCCCGGCGCGGCCGCCCGGCCGAGGCGCGGGGCGCUGCGGGCCCGCUAGGGGCGAUCCGGGCACGGGGCCGCGGCCAUGGCUGCCUCCGCCUGGCCCUGCCUGCUGCUGUGCCUCGGGGCCGCGGCCCUGAGCGCCGGCCCGGCCCCGCCGAGCAUCCGCCUGCCGCUGCGGGGAGGCGCGGCCCCGCCGCCGGGCCCCAGAGCGCGGAGGGCGCCGGAGGAGGCGGAGAGGAGGAGCGCCUUCGUGGAGAUGAUCGAUAACCUGCGGGGCAAGUCCGGGCAGGGCUACUACGUGGAGAUGACGGUGGGCAGCCCCCCGCAGAAGCUCAAUAUCCUGGUGGACACUGGGAGCAGUAAUUUUGCUGUGGGAGCUGCACCUCACCCCUUUCUCCGGAGAUACUACCAGCGGCAGCUGUCCAGCACCUACCGUGACCUGCGGAAGGGUGUGUAUGUGCCCUACACCCAGGGCAAGUGGGAAGGGGAGCUGGGCACUGACCUUGUCACCAUUCCCCAUGGCCCCAACGUCACUGUCAGAGCCAACAUCGCUGCCAUCACGGAGUCAGACAAAUUCUUCAUCAAUGGCUCCAACUGGGAAGGGAUCCUGGGGCUGGCCUAUGCUGAGAUCGCACGGCCUGACGACAGCCUGGAGCCCUUUUUUGAUUCCCUGGUGAAGCAGACCCAGGUGCCCAACAUCUUCUCCCUCCAGCUUUGUGGGGCAGGCUUCUCACCCAACGAGACAGAGACCUUGGCAUCAGUGGGAGGCAGCAUGAUCAUUGGUGGCAUCGACCGCUCGCUGUAUGUGGGUGACAUCUGGUACACACCCAUCCGGAAGGAGUGGUACUACGAGGUCAUCAUUGUCAAGCUGGAGGUCAAUGGGCAGGACCUGAACAUGGACUGCAAAGAGUACAACUAUGACAAGAGUAUCGUGGACAGUGGCACCACCAACCUCAGGCUGCCGAAGAAGGUGUUUGAGGCCGCAGUGAAAUCCAUCAAAACAGCUUCUUCGACAGAGAAGUUCCCAGAUGGCUUCUGGCUGGGGGAGCAGCUGGUUUGCUGGCAGGUCGGCACCACCCCCUGGCACAUCUUCCCUGUUCUGUCCCUCUACCUGAUGGGGGAGGCCACCAACCAGUCCUUCCGGAUCACCAUCCUUCCCCAGCAAUACCUGCGCCCAGUGGAGGACGUGGCCACCUCUCAGGAUGACUGCUACAAGUUCGCCAUCUCUCAGUCCUCCACAGGCACUGUCAUGGGUGCUGUUAUCAUGGAGGGUUUCUACGUGGUCUUUGACCGUGCCCGCAAGCGCAUUGGCUUUGCUGUCAGUGCCUGCCACGUGCACGAUGAGUUUCGGACAGCUGCAGUGGAGGGGCCCUACCUGCACUCCAACAUGGAGGACUGUGGCUACAACAUCCCACAGACAGACGAGUCCACCUUGAUGACCAUUGCUUAUGUCAUGGCAGCCAUCUGCGCCCUGUUCAUGCUGCCUCUCUGCCUCAUGGUGUUCCAGUGGCGCUGCUUCCGCUGCCUGCGACGGGACCACGAUGACUUUGCUGAUGACAUAUCUUUGCUGAAGUGACACCGGAGCGUGGGGGCAGCCCCAGGACUGCAGGUGAGGCAGCAGGGCAAGGAGGGGUAGGUCCUUUCUUUGGAGGCUAGAGCAUGGAGAUAGGACAUCAGCGUAGGGUGCUCAGACAGUCAGCCCAGGCCCUCCUGGCUGCAGGGACCCUGUGGCCUUUGAGUUAAUGGGCCAGGAGCAACCCAGUACUGGGAGCAGAAUGCCAGCACUGAGGCUCAGCCCGUGAGUCCCUAGGUCACCAUCACCCAGGGCAGCAUUUGCAUAGCAGGACAGGAGAGGCAACACCAGCACGGGGAGCAGGUAGAGAUCAGGUCCUAGCAGCAGGUUAGGAUCCCCCUCUGUGCUCCAAAGGCUUUGCCCUGGUUCUGACACCAGCCACCCCUUGCUGACCCACAGCAAGACACAAGCAAACAUUCAGCAUGUACUUGCAGCCUGUCAGGCAGCAGCGUAUGCAAGGGCAGCCUGGGGAGCCACAGGCCUCAGUUGCUUUUGUCUAGGAUCUACAGAUACAGCUUGGCUGCUAUUAGGUGACAACACAGCAACCCUGUCUCACCUGUAGCCUCUGAAAGGACUGGGUGCAAGUGUCUGCUCUGGCACAAUAAUGAGCUGAGCUUUCCCUAGCUAUCCUGCCAAGACUUGGCAAACUGAUGAGCCAUCACCCCAAGUCUGUCCCCCUCCCCUCCCAGUGCUGUGUAUCUGCCCUUCUCAGCCUGCGCUGUAGGGAAGCUGCUGGCCUAGGCUCUCCGUGUAGUGACCUAUUCGUGUGUGCAUGUGUGCUGUGGUCAUGCCUUCCCCAUGCAGCUCCCCUCCCCAUGACACCUGUGAGCUGGACUCCAGAGAGAGCAUCUCCAGAGCCACCGCCCCCAGGCCUGGGCUUGUAGGAAACACCACAGAGUGCCAGCCUGAAGCUGCCCUGGGGUGAGAGAAGGCAGAAGCUGGGGGACAGCUGCUCCCAUCCUCCUGCUCCCCUGUACAGUGCACACUCUAACACUUGCUGUGGCAUUUCCCCUGUCCUCCCGACCUGCCCUUCCACUGCUGCCAGCCCCAGGCCUCUCUGCACCCACCCUGCCCUGCUGCCUCCCAGGACGGGCAGCCAUCUUCUCCUGACUCCAUUUCUGAUCACCACGUCCCUUUGGGGGACAGGGAACUGCCUCACCUGCGUUCCAGCACCCACAGCGUUUGCUGCGUAGAAGCUGCUGGCUGCUGCCCUCCAGCCCUGGGGACAACAGCCUCUGCUCCAGGACACGGGGUUCUCUUCCCUGCGCUUCACAGCCCCUUGGACUGAACGGGAACAAAGGAAGGAGCUUCCCCUACAGCCUGGAACAAGCAGAAACUGCGUGCCAGGAGAGAGCUUGCCUGUUCCUCAGCCCACUCGCCUGUUUGAAAGCCAUAGGGGAGCCAGCGCCGGCUUGGCGGCCCCCACCUGCAGCUGCUGCCUCACUUCAGCAGCCAGCACACCCGGCUGCAGACACGCUUGGACCUGGGCUCCUGCCCCCAAGGCAAGAGACACCCUGGCAGCACGGGGGAAAGGAGGUGUCUGUGGGGACUGCAGCAUUUCUUGUUUUUUUUUUAAACACAUGGUUGUAUUUAUUGUUUUGUUGGGUUGUUUUUUUUUUUACAAUGCAACUCACUGUUAGUACAGCUGCGCAGAAUCAGUGUGUGUAUAUAGCAGGUCCCGCACUGCACACAGGUGUACAAAUAAUGGUCAGCUCCUCACCUGUACAAUAAUAUACAUAUAGAUAUAUUUUUAAUUCUAGCUCUGAAAGCCACUGUUCCAAACCCAAUAUUAGGGGGUUUUAUCCUGUUUUGUUGUGCUGUUUUUUUAAAUAUUUUUAGCCCUCUGCUCAGUCCUGGGGCCUUGGCCAUCACCCGAGCCCAGGGCUUGCUCAGCAGCGGCAUGCUUGGAUGGAAGCACUUUAUGGAUCAUGGAGCGAUCUGGAGUUGGUGUCAGAGGAGGUAUUGCGUGUCAGUGAUCCAGUGACAGUGAUGGAGGGAUGCAGGAAGAGGGCAGAGCCGGAUCACACAGCAGUGGUUCACAAACCAAAAGGAUGUGUGGCAGAGGAGGUGGUUUUGCCCUCACUUUGUUCAUACAGCAAAGGGAAGAUUUCAUGGUGUGUAAGAACAACCCUUCCCUUUUGUACUCCCCUGCAUCACAGCUCACCCUGCCACAGGAGGAGGGUGCCACUGUGGUCACCUCCCAUCCCCAGAGCACACGCUCUUGAGCUUGCUGACAGUUGAUAAUGCUCUGUUUCCUUAAUUCUCUGCCUCAGACUUGGACAUGAAAGUGCUUUGUUCUUAACACUGAGCUUCACUAAUGAAAAAGGCAGCAUUCUUCCACAAGUGAAAAAUCAGAGCUACCUGCAGUGCUAGGGCCUGGGCAGAGCUGAGGCACCAGUUCAAGUGGAGACUGGCUGGAGCAUUACAAGCCUACAGCGACCACUAACAUAAAGCUCAUUAACAAAAUCCUGCAGUUAAAGAUUGCUUUGGAAAAGCUGUGAGGGAGCCAGAGAGGCAGGAGGAAACACAGGGUAGGAGACCAGAAGAGAGGCAAGGCAAUCACAGCACUAGGCACUGCCCCAGCAGCCCAUCACAUGCACCCCUGCACCGUCCCACUUCACUACCGUGCUUGGAAAUAGCAUCCAGUUCCCAUGCUGUGCUCCAAAACUCAUCCAGCAAUUCUACUCCGGUGCAAGAGGGCAAGGUUAUGCAAUUGCAGAGUGCACACAGACCUCCACACCCUCGUGCCUGCCCAGGACCCUCCCCAGGAUCCCAGAGGCUCUGUUGUGGACCACUGCCUUAAAACAUGCUGACAAGCGUGUGUGCGCGUGUGUAGAAAGAUUCAGACUGUGGCCAAAUUCAGGCAUGCUGUACCCUGGCAGCACUUGCACUGACCAACCCCAAAGCAAAGGUGCUUCUAGCAGUGCUGAGUUUGUGCCACAGACUGGAGAAAAAAAAGAAAAAGAGAAAAAAAAGGAAAAAAUAACCUACAGAAUCAGUACAAGAUUUUAAGUGGUGCUGAGCACCUUGUAAGCUCACCGAAAUCCAUGGAGAAAGGGUUGGUGGUGCAUCAGCCCGGGCUUUAGGAGAAAGUACAGGAGAGGGGAUACAAGGAAGUGCAACUGGUUGCUUAUCCUGAGCUGCAGUGCAGCCAAAUUCGCUCCCCAGUGCUCCCUCCCCAGGACCCAAAACUGCAACAGGAAACACCAAAAGAAAGCGUGUGCAGAACUCUGCCCAGAGGGAGGAGGGAUGGGGAUGGCUACGGCAGGCUGUCGCUAUAGACUCCGGUACUCUGUAACCUAUUGUCUGUGUAAGAACAAUGAAUGUUAACACAGUAAAUUAUUACAUUAAAGAAAAAAAAAACAAAAA